GUUUUGGCUUCGUUGAGAAGUUGAUUUCUCGCAGUGGGUAUAUUUUAAAUCCAUAAUUUGAGCGCAACAAGUAUGAGAUAAAUCAAACCAGAUGAGGUUGUAAAAAUCUAAUUACUAACCUAAUUAGUCACCAACAUGAGCUCACCAUCAAUAGAUGUGGCUGAGACGAAAGAGAUUGCAGCAGAUAAAGACAUUGACCCAAAACCAAUGGUACCACUCCGCCAACGUAGAUUCCCUGCAUCUUUUUGGCAAGAACCUUCGAUAGUUCCUACAACCACUACUCAAGACGUUCCUCACCAGAUGACCUCUCCAUCUCCUAGUCAGACUUUUCCAAUGCAUCCCUGGACAAUGACCACUUCCACUACAAGUCCAUCGACGUUUUUACCUCAGCGGCUCUCAGUUCCCAAUAAUUUUGCACUGGUGCAAUACCCUUCUCCGAUGUGGAUCAGGAACCCCGUGAAUUUCUGCAGCUGCCCCAUUUGUCUUAACUAUUCGUAUGUGAUUCCGCGCUUUCCAGAUGCGUAUAAUGGAUUACGAUAUAGACCAGCACUGAAUAUGGCACACUGUUCCAGGUCAAAUUGCUCUGAUCAGAGUUGCAAAUUAUGCAGCACAUCAAACAGUUGGCAUCCAGAUAGAAUUAGACAAGCACGUUUGAGAGCAGCGAGAUAUAAUGCUCUUUUGGACUAAUAAAUGUAACAUAACGUAAGUGAUUUAUUUGUUUUAUUAGAUUACCUACCGCACUGUAAUCGUGAAAAACAAAGCAGAAAAAUUCUACAGGUUAUAAAAAGAACUCUAAAUUAAACGAAAUAUUUUUAUACUUGAGUAGUUUUUCUUAAUGCCAUCUCCAUUUUUAUAUUACGGAAAAAAUAAAUAAAAAAUAUAAAAAAUUCCAAAGAAUUUAAAUUUUAGUAAAAUUUUUAAAACUGAUUUUCAUUUCCA